AUGGAAUUCAAGGCCCCUCAGCGGCGGAGGAGGCCCCAGCAUGUGCUGUUUGACAAGCUAAUGUGGGAGACCACACCCUCAGAAAGUGAGUCCUGCUUUGCCCAACCCAAACCAUGUACACUGGGAAGAGAAUCUACUGUUAAUGGCAAGAUACAAAAGGAAAGAAUUCCUCCAUUAGAGAAGCUCAAGAUUUCAGUGGUGUCUACAGCUAAUGGUUUUAAAUCCCUCCAUGAACAGCCGCUGGCAAAGGAUGCUGCAGACCCUUCAGGAUCCAUGGAGAAGACUCAGCCUCUAGAAGGACUCAAGGAGUCUGGCCCACCUGAGCCAGGUGGCAAAGAUGAUACUCCAGGAGCAGAAGAAAAGAAGAAAGAUGUGGAAGCAGCGACAGAGGAUCAGCCUUUAGGAGGAAAUACAGAGACUGAACCUUUAGAAACAGAAGCCAAACAUCAGCCUUUGAGGACAGCAGGAGAGAGGGAGUCUCCUGGAGUAGUGGGAGGUACUAAGUACCCACAAACUGGCCGAGAGAUGAAACCUUUAGGAAUAGCUGAAAAUAUUCCACCACGGGAAUCAGGUAGAAAGCCACAACCUCAAGAAGCAAUGGGAAAGAAUGAACAACCCCAACUCCCAGAAACUGUUCCCAAGGAGACUGAAUCUCCAGAAAUAUUGGAAGGAAGUCAGCUUGUGGAAACAGCAAAAGAGCAGCAACUUCAAGAAACACAGGGAAGAGAUGAGCAGCCUCAACUUCUAGAAACAAUUCCCAAAGAAAAUGGAUCUCCAAAAAUCUUGGAAGGAAGUCAGCUUGUGGAAACAACUCCCGAAGGUCCAGGAAACAUGGAGCAGGUUCCACGUGAAGGAACAUUUGGUAGCAUGGAGCAUCCAGCAGGAAUUCUAGAAAUAGGGACAAAUGUGGAAAUGGUCAGGAAAACUCAUAGUAACAAAGAGGACCAAAAAACUGAAGGUGAGACAAGAGAAACAACUGAAACAGAGAUGGAGAAUGAGAAAGUUAGUGAAGGAGCUGAAACAAAAGAAGAAACAGGAGAAGCUGUGGAUCUUUUGGCAGCCACAUAG